CAAGGGGAAGAAGAGGGGGCGGGUGAUGAUGAUGGGGGUAGCGGGUACAGGCGCGAGUUCCACCGUCAGGCAGUUCAAGCUCGUGAAGGAGAGCGAGCUAAGGGUAGAGGUGGGGGCGGACUCCCCAAUUCGCAUCCGCCUCGCCUCCGGCACAGCUGAGAUCUUUGGUACAGAGCUUCCCCCAGAAAACUGGGUCUCCUUCCCUCCCUUGCACAAAUUUGCUAUUUUCACUUGGAAUGGUGCUACCUUGGAUGUGGAUGGCACUACUGAAGUUGAAUAUGUUGCCGAUGAGACACCUAUGAUUAGUUAUGUGAAUGUGCAUGCUAUACUGGAUGGCCGAAGGGCUCGUGCAAAGGAAGCUUAUACAACUGCUUCUGCUGAUUCUGUGUCGCUACCAGUUCAGAAAGAAUCGCAGGGCCCAAGGGUGAUUGUUGUAGGACCAACUGAUUCAGGCAAGAGUACAUUGUCAAGAAUGCUAUUAAGUUGGGCUUCAAAACAAGGUUGGAAGCCAACAUUUGUGGAUUUGGAUAUUGGUCAAGGAUCAAUCACCAUUCCCGGCUGCAUUGCUGCCACUCCAAUUGAAAUGCCCAUAGAUCCUGUUGAGGGAAUUCCUCUUGAGAUGCCUAUUGUCUAUUUUUUUGGUCACGUUAGUCCAAGUGGUCAUGCAGAUUUAUACAAAGUGCUUGUGAAGGAACUUGCAAAAACCUUAGAGAGGCAGUUUACAGGAAAUUCUGAAGCUCGAGCUGCAGGCAUGGUGAUCAAUACGAUGGGUUGGGUUGAAGGUGUUGGAUAUGAGUUGCUGCUUCAUGCCAUUGAGGCAUUCAAUGCUGAUGUCGUGUUGGUUUUGGGGCAGGAAAAACUUUAUAGCAUGCUUAAAGAUGUACUUAAGACCAAAGGCAGUGUGGACGUUGUCAAACUUCACAAGUCUGGGGGUGUUGUUUCAAGAAACCCAAAAUUCCGGCAGAAGGCGAGAAACCACAGGAUAAGGGAAUACUUUUAUGGUCUCUCCAAUGACCUCUCCCCUCAUUCCAACGUUGUGAGUUUCAAUGAUGUAACUAUUUUCCGGUUAGGGGGUGGGCCACAGGCGCCCCGUUCAGCACUCCCAGUAGGUGCAGAGCCCUUAGCUGAUCCUACACGCCUGGCACCUGCCAGCGUCAGUCUUGACAUGCUCCACCAAAUUCUUGGGGUUUCAUAUGCCAAGGAACCUGAUCAAGUGAUCUCCAGCAAUGUUGCUGGAUUUAUCUAUAUAACAGAUAUCGAUAUGCAAAGGAAAAAGAUAACAUAUCUCGCACCUUGUCCUGGUGAACUACCUAGUCGGUUUUUGCUUGUUGGGAUGCUGACGUGGUUUGAAAGUUAAGAAGUCUUCCAGUGACACAAGACGGUUCUGCUAGCACAAGUUAAUUCAGAGGAAUGUUCCAAUAGGUUACUAAGCUCCAUCAGAAAAGCCCAAAAGUGGGGAUGCCUAGACCACACAUGUUUGAACUUACAGUGCAUUUUGUGGUGUUUUAAAUCCAUCCGUCAGUUUUAACGCUUCUUUUUUGUAUCUUUCUUUGAGUUAAGGCGACCUGCGAGCAGCAGGCAACUGUAAAUUUGAAGUGUUGCAUCAAUACUUGAUAAUCAAUAUACCAUAUGAGAUCAAUAACUUA